AUCUGUCAAACAGUGCUUCAGGUUUCAUUUCCACAUACUACAACAGAACCAGAUCUGCUCUCCCACAUUGCAGUUCAAUAGUCCCUGGACCUCCAUCUUUACCCCAAAACACAACUUUUUACUAGCAGUGCCAUGCUGCCGGGAGUCUGUGGAUGAGAAUAUGUCGUCAGACUUCUACUCCAGAGAUGCUUUGUUGGAGCAGGGGACCAUCCCCCUGGAUAUUGACAAUGUUCACAUGCUGCUGCAGGUGGAACAAGAACAGAUUCAGAAGAGGACCUUCACCAACUGGGUCAAUGCUCAGCUGGCAAAGAGGAGGCCACCGUGCAUGGUUGUAGAUCUCUUCAAUGAUUUCCGUGAUGGCUCCAAACUGCUGGACCUGCUGGAGGUGAUGAGUGGCUUGCACAUCAGUCGGGAGAGAGGCAGGGGAAUGUUUCAGCACAGGAGCAACAUCGAGAAGGCUCUCUCCUUUCUUAAGAAGAAAUCGAUAAAGCUAGUUAACAUACACAUUCCUGACAUUAUUGAUGGAAAACCAUCCAUCAUCCUGGGCCUUAUAUGGACUAUCAUUCUUCAGUAUCAUAUCGAAGAGCUGGCGAGCUCCCUCACCUUUGACUCCCGUCAGUCCUCUAUGGAGUCUUUGGCCAGUCUUGACACGCGCUCCACCUUCUCAAGCCACUCGGCUAGCAGCAGUCCAGUUCCUCCCAGAGGCUCACCACUACAUCAUCGUUUUAGAGUCUCUGCCAAGAAAGCACUGUUGCUGUGGGUCCGGGAGCAGUGCCACAAAGCUGGCUGUUCAGUAAACGUAAAAGACUUCAAGGCUAGCUGGAGGAGUGGAGUGGUUUUCCUGGCUAUCCUGUAUGCUCUGCGGCCUGACCUGGUGGACCUAUCCAAGGCCAGAACGAGAAGCAACAAACAGAACCUGGAGGAAGCCUUCCGUAUUGCAGAGAAAGAGCUGAGGAUCCCCCGACUGCUGGAGCCUGAUGAUGUGGACGUUCGGGACCCCGAUGAGAAGUCCAUCAUGACUUAUGUGGCUCAGUUCCUUCAGUACUCCAGGGACCUGCCAGUGCCAGAAGAAGAAAUGCAGACACAAUAUUUGACUCCUUCUAAAAGUCCUUCUCCUAUCAACCUGCCUAUCCACUACACCCCUGCUAUUUCUGCUUCACCUCUCCGCCAGGUGACACCUGACCGUAAGGCACAGGAAAUGACAUGCUGGCUGGUUCAGGCCUAUGAUGAGCUGCUGGAGGGAUGGGACUCCACAGAAGGAGAAAGCUACUCAGAAAGAUAUAAUGUAUUUCAGACCUUUCUGGUGUCCUUUAAUGAGCAACGACGGCCCAUCAUGCCUUUGUUGACGGCCAUGAGACGAACCCCAAAACUGAGCGAUGAGCAACGGACUCUUAGAGAGGCGUGGGAUGGUCUCACAGAAAAGCUCCGUGAGUACAAAGUUGCUUUAGAUAUGAGUCUUCCAACCCCCUUGGACACAGUAGCCCGCUGGCUUUUGAGAACAGAGGAGGCUUUGGCUGAGGAAGAUGGCAACCCUCAAGACCACGGCCGUGCUGCUGAUGAAGCGAGGGAGAAACACGAACUGCUCAAAGCUUGCCUGGAGGAGAUGCCACAGCACGUGAAGACCUUCCAGUCCUUCCAGAACAUAGAUGAGUACGGAAACAUGAUGAUUCCUACUGACAAGAUGGAUGAGCUCAAGAGGAGAUUUACCAGCGUCAGAGUGACUGCCAAGUAUCAUGGGAUCAAGCUAGAGUACAGAGAGCAUCGCCACACUGUUUUGGAUCUGUUGGGGCAGAUCAGGACCAAGCUUCGUGUCUGGAAGAGACCUUAUAUCUCCUCAGAGGCAGUCAGGGUGUUGCUGCAAGAGUGGCAUGAACUCGUAUACACACAAGAGCUGCCUUCCAUGUUGGAAACAGCUAUUCGUAAGCUGAAGCAGAUUUCCGAGAAAUAUUCAAGCAAAUCUGCCCUUGCUUCAGAUUAUCAGCAUGUCAGUCAGCAGGUGAAGCAGCUGGAGGAGGACACUGCUGUUGUUUUAGAGGACGUGACCACAGUGAAAAGCACAAUGGGACGGGUUCUGUCUGCCUGGGACUCGUACAGCGACUCCCUUAGUUCCCUGCAGGCUUGGCUUGAACAGUGCUCUGCAACACACAGCCACAGACCUGAGCUGACCUCCGCAUCCAUGGCUGAGUGGGGAUCUCAUCAGGCCCACCUGAAUGAAGUGGGGAACUUCCUGAUUGAGUCAACAGAUCCUCAGACCUGCAGGAGCCUGGCAGAGGAGCUUCGAAAAGUCAACAUGCAGUGGGCUGAGUUUGUCAAGAAAAACACUUUGGAAAACAUUGGUGAGCCAAUUGAAGUUACCCAUAUAAACCCAGAGGAAAUCAGAGCUUUGAUCAGAGAGGGCACACUGAUUCUCAAAGAGCCUCUGGACGUUAUGGCGGGUCCUUUACGCACCUACAGGAAAAGAUUACAGUUUAUAAUGAGGAAGAUUAAAGACAUGGAUCUGGAUGCUUUGGCUUCUGCCCCAGAAUGCCCAGCAGAUCAGUUACAGAAACUGAAGCUUGCAGUACCAGAAGUUAUGCAGACAUUAUCUGAGGCAGAAAAGGUUUGUGUAGAGCUGCAACACAGUGUGUCUGGGCUGGACAGUCGAUUGGCUGAACUUCUACAUUGGGAGACUGAAGCCAGGGAGCUCUACCACCUGCUGAGGGCCACCGAUCGGCAACAAAAACAGGUCCAGACCUCACAAGCCAGGGUCACUAUUUCCCGUGGUCUACAGCUCGAAGGUCAGGUAGUCACAGAGGAGCAAGACCUGCAGGUGAUCGUAUCAACAAAUCAGAAGAGCUCUCCCAUCCACUACCUCCAUGCCUCUGCUAUGCAGGAUCGAGUGCGAGCUGCUGUUGCUCAGUCACAGGAAGCAGUUGGUAUGCUAAGCAGCCUGGGUGCCAGACGAGACAGAAGCAGAAGUCCUCCAGCAGGACCUCCUUCAAAAGUCUUUAUUCAAGAUAAAGCAGUGCUUCAACAUUUGAAACAGUUAGACACCAAGCAUACAAAAACCUUUGUGCCAAAGAUAGUGGUACAAGAUUACAAAGAAGAAAAGAUGACUUCUCCUCCAAUGCCAUACACCUACGCAGAAGCUGUGAAGCAGACCAGAAGAAAGUCGCCACCAGAAAGUCAGUUUCAAGGCUGGCCAAUGGCCACUGCACAAAAGACAACAGAGACUCCAGAUCAAGGGCCACAGCAAGACCUACUCCAAGAGGGACUUAGAAGACAGGUGGAAAUUAAACUGGGACAGAAAGAACAGGAAGAAAUAAAGGAGGAGUAUCUUCUACAAGAAGUUCAGCAGCAGGAGUUGUUCCCAGUGCAACCACAACCAAGUCAGCCCAAGCAGGAGCAACAACAGGUACAACAGCAACAAGUUCAACAGCAUGUGGUAAUUAAUAUACAAGCUGAACAACAAGUUAAACAAAGACCAGAAUCCAAAGACCAGACUCCACUUCAGGAACCAGCUGUAAAGAAAAAGGUUCUAAGUUCCCAAGCGCUCCAAAGCAGAAAAGCUCAAGGCAUGAAGAACCGGCCAUGGCUUCAGAAACCAGCUUUUCCAGAGCAGAAAACUCCAAGUCAAGAGCAGGAUUUGACUCAAGAUCUAGUUCAAACUAGACAGACACAAGCAGUCGGAUCAGUUCAGGUAAUUUCCCAAAAUGUAGCAACCACCAGGCUACAGUAUGAGGCCCAUGCAAAACUGACUAAGCAGCCACAACAACAACAAAAAGUGGAACAGAAGCAAACACAGCAAACUGAAAAUCUAGAGCAUCAGCAACAAGACAAACUGCUACAUCAACAACAGCAAAAAGAGCAGCAUCAGCAAAAACAACAGCAAAAACAACAACCACAAGAAACUGUAAAACAAGCACAACAAGAAUCAAAUACCAAAAAUAAAUCACAUGCUGUAACUUUGAGUCAACCUCAACCACAAAGAAAGGCCCCAAAUCAAUCACAAACCAAUACUAUGGUUCAGUCCCACAUUACUACAGAUACACAGCAACCAUGUGUUCCUCAGUCCCAUGACUCUGUGAAGAAACAGUCAUCAACCAAGCCACAGACCCAACAACAGCUCCAGCUACAGGAUCAGGCUCUGGUUCAACCAGCUGGUCCUCAGCCAUCUAAGCAGCCACAGGUACUACCCCAUGACGAAUCUGUAGCUCAAGUCCCAAUAUGGGCUCAGAUCAGACAGCCUUCCAGUGUUCAGGCUCCACUGCAAGGCCCAAUUCAGCUUCCUGUACCAUCUCACAUUCAGCUUCGUAGUCAUCCACAAUCAUGGGCCCCUGUCCGGCCCCCUUCCCCCAAGCCACCAACCCAGGCUCAGCCUCCAAUGCAUACUCAGUCAACAAACAUGGACCAAACCCAUGCAAAAUCAAUGAAUGAUCAUGAAAUUCACCCUCAGCCCAAGGUCCAACCUCAAACACACCCUCAGCCUAAGACCCAAGUUCAAAUCUAUGCUGAUCAGUCUGAGACCCAUCCCAAGUCAAUGCCCUACCCACAUGCCCAUGCUCAUGCCCAUGUUCCAACUAAUGUUCAGCCAAUGGCCAGGCUAAGUCAGGCCCAACCAUUGACUCAACAUCCAACCCAAGCCCAACCUAUACUCCACCUUCAGGGUCAUUCUUUGACUGAUCCUAUGACUCAGUAUCCAACACAUGCACAGGCACUGGUCCAGCAACAAGGCCAUAUUUCACAGGGGCACUUUCAAGCUUAUACUCAAGUCAUAUCCUCAGUCACCCAGUCUAUCCAGCAUCCACAGGCUACAGUGCAACCUCAGUUAUACUCCCAGGGUUAUGCCCAAACUCAGUCCACAUCUCAGCAGUGGACAGAUAAACAAGAAACACAAAAUCAAGCAUUUCCCCAGCAGAGUCACCCUAUCCCGCAACCAUAUCCUCAGCAAAUGGGCCAAGCAACACAUUCUCAGGCUUAUCCUACAGUUCAGACUCUAUCACAGUGGGCCCAGCAAACGCCUCAGAUUGCCCACCAUAGGGUUUCUCAUAUGGGGCCAUCAUAUACUCAACCGCAAAUGCAUCCUCAAGCUCAACCCCAACCCUGGACUCAAACACAGCAGCAAAUUGGGCCCCAUAGUUCCAUGCAUCAACACACCCAGAUGAGAGCUUCUAACUUAGUUCAGCCACAACAAGGCCAAGUUCAGCAACAGACUUGGGUUCAAGCACCACUGCAAGUGCCAUCUCAGUCUUAUCAGCAGCCUCAGUCUCAGCAGUAUGUACAGGUCCAGCAUCAACCCCAAGCUCAACAUCACUCUCCAUCUCAGAUUCAAACACAGAUAUCUCUCCAGUCACAACCAUCACAUCCAGCCUAUCCUCAGCUUCCUUCACAGCCCCAGCAACAAACUUUGCAGGCCCAGUCCCAAACACACGUCCAGGCACAGCCAUUAGUUCAAGAAAAGCCCUUUGCCAGGACUCAGGGGACUCAAUCUAAUAUUCAAUCCCAGCAAUCAACUUCUCAGCCCAAGCAUCAGCCCCAACUUCAGCUACAACCAACGAUUCAGUCACAAACUCAAUUAAAAGGUAACUCACCUCUACAGCCCAGACCUCUACAGCCAAAACAGGAUGUUGAAAUGACACCUCAACUAAUAGUUCAGUCACCAAUUAAACACAUACCUGGAUCACUGCCACAGCCCAAACCCGAAUCUCAAUUGCCACCACAGGCUCAGUCACUAACUAAAGUUAAUGUUGAAUCACCCCCUCAACCCAAGGUGCAAGCCCAACCUCAAUUACAACCUACAGUUCAAUCACCAACUCAGCCCAAAGUUCAGUCACCAGUCCAACCCAAAGUCCAACCAGUGUUCCAACCCAAAUCUCAGGUACAGUUAUCCCCACAGCACCAUCCUCAGUUUCCGGUGUCAUUGCCUCCCACGGCCCAAACAGUGCCACAGUCCAAGACUCAAUCUCCCACACAGGCAAGACCUCAGACUCAACCACUUGACCCACCAAAGACUGAAACCCAGUCUCCUUUGAAACAGAAAAUUCAACACUCCCAGACUAUUCUCGUCUCUGAGAUCGAUGUGUUGCUUCAAACCCAGGCUGAGUCACCAGAUCUUAAUAUCAAACCUCCUGCUCUGGCUCAAGCACCUCCCCAGGCCUACACAGAGGCCUACACUAAGGCACAGGCUUUAGCUAGAAAUGGCUUUGAGGAGGCCAAACACUGCCUGCAGGCGCACAUCCUGGAAGCUAUCAACAUCUUCAAAGACAGGCGUGUAUCAGCUGAGCAAGCUUCAGUAAAGGAGAAAACUCUGAGGACACUUGAUCCAGAGUUGCUGGAGGAGUUCUUGCGAGCAGCUAAUGGCAUGGAGGCCUUUUGUACCCCCUCACAGCUCAGAGAUAUGGAGUUCUUCACCCAAUCUGUCAGGACACAGUGGGAGGCCCUCAGAGCUGAGAUCUCAGGCUUUUUGGAACAAUUACAGUUUGAAGUAACAAGGAAAGACUUUAAUGCAGCAGUCCUUCGGUGUGAGAUGCACUUAAGCACCAGCUUAGAAAACCAAGCUCAGGCUUGCUUCUCAGCAGACUUUGCUGAAGCAGAACAGCACCUGCAGGCACUGAAAGAGUUGUGUGACACCCUAAGCCCGGAGGAUGCUCACCGCUUGGCUCAGACGCAGCUGAGGGAGUGUGAAAAGAGGCUGGCUGCCAUCCAGCAUCAGUUCAGUGGAGAUCAAGACACACCACUCCCUGAAUCUAGGAUUCCUGUUGCCUUCACUGAGGAUUCCAACACACAGAAGGAGCCUACCAAACCAAGUGACAAACCUCAGGCCUUAGCUGAGGUGACCCAGGUGACAGUGAAGACAGUUGCUGUGGAGAGAAGGGAGACUGAAAAGCAGAUGUCUUUGGAGGAGGAAGUAACCAAAAAGGAAGCUUUAGAAAGAUAUGAGAAUGCUAAGAGGGCUCUGCAAGCCCAACUAGCUAAAAAUGAACAGAGCAUCAAGGACGUCCCCUCUGACUCAGUCUCUCUGAAAGGCCUGCAUACACGGCUCCAGGAAAUACAGUUCUUGAGACAAGAGACUGAGUGUCUUUGGUCUGAGUAUGCAAACCAGUGCUCUCAGUGUUCCCAGCUGAGUGGAAACACUUCUCUGGAGCAGGAGAAAGCAGAGCUGCAGGAGCAGUGGCGCACUCAGCAGUCCAACCUUCAGAGGAGAGGCAGCUCGCUGGGCUCUGCACUCAGGCAGAUUGACUCCACUGAGAAUCACAUGGUGGACUUCACCGACCGCCUGGACCGUUAUCUGAGACAGCCCAAAGACAUCACUGGCUUCACACUGGCCAACACUAACAUUCUGAAAGAUAUAAAGGAACUGGAUGACAACAUACAGAGUGAACUGGACCAGUUGUCCCGUCUGGACCCUGAAUCCAGCGACUUGGAUCCCAGAGAACGCUUCCCUCUGUCCCGUGAGUUUGAGGCUCACAAAACCAGCUUGGAUCAACUCCGGCAGCAAGUCCGGAAGAGCGAAGCAGCUGCCCGUGCCCUCGACCGAUUUCUUAUGUCGCUGCGCACUGUGGAUGAGGAUAUCUCAAGUAUCCCAGGUCCACCCUGUAGUGACGCUGUGGUGCUGCAGGAAUGCCGCUCCAAGUUGACUCUGAUAAGGCAGAGCAUAGACAGUUUGAAAGAGAAGGCACCUCAGCUGGAUCUACUCUUGCAGGGAGCUCGGCUCACAGUCACAAGGGAUGGUAUCCCAGCCUCCUGCCUCGAUAUGGUGAAUGUCCUGGUGAGAAGGCUGGACGAGAGUGACAGUGGACUGGUCAGCCAGCAGAAGGUCCUUCAGAAGGAGACCCAAAGCAAAACCCUGGGCCUGAGGAAGAGGACGAUGCUGGGGGAGAUGAAGAAGCUGCAGGAUACGAUUGAAGCGCAAGGCCUCAAAGAGCCCACCAUGCCUGCGUUGCAGCACAGGCUUCGUGCCCUCUUGGACUUAGAAGGCCAGCUGCAGGUUCAGAACUGUGAGCUUCAGAGCCUCCGUGAAGUCCAAGAGAAGCAGGGAGGAGGAGAAAAUCUCCUUCAGGAGCUGGAAGCUCAGUGGAAGGAGACUCAGCAGGCUUUUUCUGACAGAAGGAAGCAGUACAGCACACUGCUGGAGCUUCUGAAGAAGUUCCAGACCUGCCGGAGUCUCCUGAGCAGCACCAUCCAGAAAGCAGAGCAGGCAAUCAGCGAUAAGGCAUCCUACAUGGGGAAAGACAACCUACAGAGGAGUAUGGCAAAGGUCUGUGAUAUUAAGGAGGAGCUGGCUGGUCUUGCGGGGCCGAUGGAAGAGAUGAGAAGUGUUUGCAAACAGCUGCAGACUGAACUGAAGAAGUUUCCAGACUGCAGUGAAUCUCCAUUUGAAGCAGAGGCUGACACGCUGAUGGACAGCUGGCUGGACGUGACAGAGAAGACAGAUGCCUACAUGGAUAACCUACGAGUGGGCCUGGAGCUGUGGGAGAAGCAGCUGAUGCUGGGAGGAGAGGUGGACAGCUGGGCCGGGGCCAAACUCGCCCUGUUUGCAGAGAGCCAUGCUUUCUACAAUGAGCAACAAGUACUCACCAUGAAGGAUGAAAUCCAGGCCAAUGAGGAGAACAUCACUCAUUUUCACAAGAAGUCUAUUGAGAUCCAGGAGAUGCUGCAAAGUCAGGAAGCUCCACUGGAGCUACAGGUAAUGGAAACCCAGCUGAGAAAGAGACUGGAGCAGGUGAAGGAACUGUUUACCGACUGCACAGAUGUCUUUGAGGAGCUAAUCGCUGUGAAGAAGCAUCUAGCCGAGAAGGUAGAGGAUUGUCAGACAGCGGUAGAGAACAUCCAGAGUCGUAUCAAUGAGACUAAUGCUUCAGGUCCAAAUGUGGAAGCCCAGAUACAGGAUCUGUGCAACGACCUGGAGUCUCAGGAAGAGCAGGCUGAGGCCGUGUUGAAGGAGGUGGGAUUGGUUUCCAGUGUGGCCAGCCCUCAGGUGCUUGAGGCACUCUCUGUUGACUGCAGCAGGCUAACAGAGGCAAUCUCGCGCACCAAAGACAUGAUCCAGCUGAAGAGAGAGGAGAGGGACAAAGGCCUGCUCAAGGUUAUCGGAGAUGAGAAGCAGUCAUUCGAAGAAUGGUUCCAGGACUUGCAGCUAGCCGUCAAUGAGUGCUUCGAGAACCCUGAGAGUAGAACAGAUGUGGAGACGUUUUUGCAAAGACUGGCUAGUUUCUUAAAGUCCAAGGAUGCAGAGAGACGUCUUGACCAGCUGAAAGAUCAGCUGGAGAGAGGCAGGGAGCAGGUUCCACCUCAGCAGCUCUCUGAGUUUACUGGGUGGAUGCAGGAGCAGCAAGAGGAAGUGGUUACGUUCAGAACCCACUGCCAAAACCGGCAGAAACAAAUGGAGUCACUGCUCAGCGACUUGGACAGUCUGCAGAAGCAGCAUGACAGCCUUCGUCAGUGGCUUCAGAACAAAGAAAAACAGUCUGUGGUGUCUGAGAAAGUCAAACAACUUCUGAAAGACCUUCAGGAUGAGAGUGGAAGAGCCGAGACCCUCAGUGAGCUGCUGGCAUCAAUACGCAGACAAGGUGUCAGAUCUGAGAGCCUCCUGAAGGACGCUGAUAACUUGAUACAGCGCUACAGAAACCUGGAGGGCAGGAUGCUGAAUCAGGCUGAGGCCCAGAGUGUGUUGGAUGGAGAAUACAAUGUGUUUAAUACUCAGGCAGAGAGCACCAGGACUUGGAUCAGUGAACUAUCACAGCCUCUCACCACUCCAGACAGAGACACCAACAUGGAGGAGAUGAAGUCCAAAGCACAAGCCAUCCUUAGCUGCAAACCUGAGGGAGACUUUAAAGUGAGCAGCUUGAGACGACAAAGCGAAAGCCUGUGUGAGAAGGAAGGCCUGGACGAGUCCAGGAAACAAAGUGUCCAGCUGCUAGUUAGAGACACAGAGAAACAGUGGACAACAGCCCUGCAGGCUGCUCAGGAGGCUCUCAGAAAGGCAGAGAUGCAAGCCAUUUUAGAAAAAGACGUUGAAGCUUUCCAAACCCACAAUGAAAGUGUCCAGUCCUGGAUCAGAGACCAGGACCAGAACCUCAAGUCUAUCUGUGGCCAUGUGCAAGUUGAAGAAAAGCUUCAGGCAGCACAAGCUUUUCUGAGCUCCAAGCCUAAUGGAGAGUCAAAGCUCCAAGAGCUUAAGCAACUGUGCCAGAGUCUAUGUGACAACCAGAGUUUGGAUGAGAGCAGGAAACUAAAGCUUCAUGAUGCAGUCAAACACACAGAACAGGAGUGGAGGAAAGCCUUGCAGGGUGCUGAAGAGGCUCUCAAACAGGCAGAGACUGAAGAGGCCACUAAAAGAGAUUUUGAUGCUUUCAAAACCCAAAGUGAAACAAUCCAAUCCUGGAUCAAAGAGCAGAAGCAGAAACUGCUGUCCCUCAGUAGUCAUAUGCACUUUGAAGAAAGGUCCGAGAUAGUACAGGCUGUCAUGACUUCCAAACCUGAGGGAGAGUCCCAGUUGCUUGACCUGAAGAGACGGGGUGAGAAUCUGAGCAAGCUCUUGGAAGACAGUAGGAAACUAGAGGUUCAGCAGCUAGUAACAGUCACAGAGCAGCAGUGGACAACAGUUCAACAGGCUGCCAAUCAAGCAGAAGUCAGGAGUCUUUCUGAUGACUUUGACGUCCAGAGUAAAAACACAGAGAUGUGGAUCAAAGAGAAGCAACAGAAGCUACAGGCUGUGGGCAGUCACACAAGAGCUGAAGAGAGAUGCCACACAGCACAGGCCCUCUUGACCUUGAGGCCUGAAGGUGACUCUAAGGUGAACAACCUGAGGAGACAAGGACAGAGUCUGUGUGACCACAAAGAUGCUGAUGAGGGCAGGAAAGAGCAGGUCAAGCAGAGAGUCAGAGAUGUGGAGGAGCUGUGGAGGGCAGCUCUGCAGGAUGCUAAACAGCUUGAAGCCGCAGCAGAAGCUGAGAUUGCCCAGGAGACUGAGAGGAGAAGGUUGGAGUUGCAAGAAUUUAAUACCUGUCAGCGGGAAACUGAUGGCUGGCUAAAAGACCUCCAACAACAGCUGAACUCUUUUGGCAGUGGAACCAAAGUCGAGAACAGACUGCAUGUAGCACAGGCCAUUAUGAACUUCAAGCUUGAAAAUCUCAAGAUAAAAGCCCAGAGUUUCCUUGAUCACGAGUAUGAUGAACAUAAAAAACAAGAGAUUCAACAAAAAGUAAGAGACACUGAGGAACAGUGGAUCAGACUCCAGAAAGAUGCUAAAGAAGUAAUGGUUCUGGCUGAAAGGCAACGCGCUCUGGACAGCCAGCUGCAAGACUUUGAAGCCACGAGAGAAAAGACCAGAAUGUGGUUGGAAGAGAAGCAGCAGAGCCUUGUCUUUCUGAGCAGUCAGAAAGACCCAGAACAGAUCAUAAGCACUGCACAGACCAUCCUGAGCUGUAAGCCUGAGGGAGACUCUAAGCUGGAAGAACUAAAAAGACUAAGCCAGAGUCUGUCUGACCAAGAGGACUUGCCUAAGACUGUGAGGCAAAAGGCUCUGCAAGCAGUGAAAGACUCAGAGGAGCAGUGGAGGACAGUCCUGGAAACCGCUGAGAACACUCUACAAAAAGCUGAGGUCCAGUACUCACUCUCCAAGGAGCUAGGGGCUUUCUGUGCUCAUGCGGGAAGCACUAAAGCUUGGAUUACAGGCCUGCAGAAACAAGCUGAUCCCAUGGGGAUGAGCACUCAGGGCAGCAAGGCUCAGCUACAGGACAGACUGAGUGCAGCACAGGUCACCUUGAGGUCAAAGUCAAGUGGUGAGACACAACUGUUGGAGCUGAUGAGGCGAGCGCAGAGUCUCUGUGACCACAUAGACCUGGAAAAGGACAAGAAGCUGGAGGUUCAGCAGACAGUCAGAGAUACAGAGGAGCAGUGGAGGGCAGUGCUGCAGGCUGCUGAGGAGACACAAAGCAAGUUGCAGAGUGUUGUGGAACGCCUGGUAUCCUGUCAGUACCAGCGAGACCAGGCUGCGGCCCGUCUGGCUGAGCUUCAGAAGCAAACAUCCAAUCUUCCACGUGUCUUCCCCUGGCCAGGCCUGGGAGAGCGGAGGCAAGCUGUGGAACAGGCCCGAGCCCUGGUUGAUCAGAUUACAGCCUUAGCCCCCGUCCUCACAAACGUCCGCACGCAGGCUGCAGAGCUGGUUGAAGUCACACAGGACCAAAGCUGGUCAGACCCCACCUGGACAGCUAAGGAGGAGUCUAUCCCUGCUCUGCUGAAAGAGCUCACUGAUGCAGUAGCCAACCUGGAGCAGGGCAUUGUGACAGAGCGGCAGUGCACACAGCUAGUGGAGCAGCAUGAAGCAGCCCAGGACUGGCUGAGGGAGCAGGUUAAAAGCCUGGGACCUCCUCCUGCAGACAGACAGAGUCUGCACAGUGCUGUGAACACCCUUAAGGCUUUGCUCCAGACGGUGGACAGAGAGCAGAGAGAGAUGAAGGAGCUGGACUCUGCCAGAGACAGUUUGCUGUACCUCUGCACUCCUGGGGGUCAGGAUGCCCUGACCCUAGAGGUUAGCCAUCUCCAUGACCUCUGUUCUGUCUCAGAGCAGGAGGUGAGGGAGCGUCUGAGGGUCUGUGAGAUGCAACUAAAUGAACAGGACAGUCAGUUGGCCAAAAGGACCCAGGGGCUGAAGGACGGAAUUGCAGCCCUGCAGUGGGAGCUCCGCUCUCUCGACCAGGCACUCAGUUAUAGUGAACCACAAAACAAUAUCGCUCAACUUGAACAGCACUGGCACAGCCUACAGAAUUGUGAGAAGUCCCUGGAGGAUUCGGGUGUGAAAAUUCAUGACCUGCAACAGGAAGUAAACUUGGCAUCUUCGACCAAUGAGCUGCCAGCAGAAAUCAUCAGUGGGGUUGACUCGUUAUGGGAACAGCAUGCCAGUCUAAAAAAUAGGCUGAGUGAGCAUCAGGUUACCUGCUGCACAAACACAGCAACAUGUCUCAGGGACUGUCUUCAUGCUCUGCAAAAAUGGAACUACAGCAAACCAUCUGUGUCCCUUUCCUCUGUGCAGAUGUUAGAGGAAGGUGAAAAGUUGCAAGCCAGCCUACAGGAGGCACUUUCGCACCGACAUUUUCUAAUGGCCUGUCUGACAUUGGACUUGCUUGAGAAACAAGAAAAAGAAGGCUCAGAAGCUCUCAGAGAAGCAGACACACUGAAAAUUUCUCUAAGUCAGAGCCUAAAGGAACUUAAUCAAAGAAGUAAACAAAAACUGCCUGACAACCAGUCGUCAGAGAACCUGCAGGAGACAAAGGCCUCUGUGGUGGCACCGCCACGAAAAAGCAAGCGCUCAUCUGAGAAAAAAACAGUUUAUCCUACUUCUGCUUCAACAUCUGUGGUGAUACAAAGCUAUACUACUUCUCAAGAACCACAGACCAAAACUGUAAGGUUAGAUAUCACAGGUGAGCCUGUUACAAAUGAGGCAAAUAAGCCUGCUUCUGAGGAACCCACUGUGAUGCACAAGGUCACUGAAACUCCUACUGUUACUGAAGAAACUGAAAUUGAACAGCUGUAUGCUGAAAAAAUAACCAAGGGUGAGGCAGAGAAUAAGCAAAAGCCUAGUAGUGAGAAAUCUCCAAUGACUUGUAAGCAAACUAAAGUGGCUGUGGAAAAAAGUGAAAUCAUUCAAAAAGGUAAGAAGUCAAAGAGUUUUGAGGUCUCUCAGCUUGCAGAGCCAAUGUUUCCACUGGAAAAAGUUGCUAGUGUGCAGUCAACAGAGACCAAAGGUGAAUCAGACAAGUAUAACGUAACAUCAGAGUCAGCUGAAAUACCUAUGGAAAAAUCUAGAAUAUUGCCUAUGACGAGAAAAUCAAAGAGCGCAGAACUUUGCUUUGAUCUUGGUGAUAUUGAGUUACCUCAGACUAGGGAAGAUCCUCAAAGCAAAACUUCUUCUUUGGACUUUAAUGGCGAGAACAAAGGUUUUGUUACUGAAAAGAAAAAACCUAUACCUGCUGGGUCUUCAACUCAAACUCCAAAUAUGCCAGAAAAGAUAGCUGAAAUAACUGAUACAGAAAAAGGCCAAUUUUCAUCAAGCACAGGAAAGUCAAAGGCUUUAAUGAGUUCUCCAGAAUUUCCUUCAGUGGCACAGACACAAUCCAAGAAACAGCCUGAAAAGAAGACAUCACCAUCAGUUCCGGAUGUUAUCAAAGAACCAAGUGAAAAAGAAACUGAAAGUAAAAAGCCAGAUUUACAUGGAGUUAUGGAUAGUGGAAGAGCUGAAACUACUGAUGAAAACUUGAUAGAGGUUUCAAUAAUGGACAUAAAGUCAGGGCAUCCAAAGGUUUAUCUUGGUCUUGCUAGCAAAGAUCAGAAUCCAACUACAAUACAACAUGAGAGUGAUAUAUCAUUCUUGCCUACGACAAAGCCAACUGAGACAAAGGAAGAGCCAGAUAGUCAGAAAUGUCCUUUAUCUCCAGAGGAUGCAACUGCAACAAAAGAAAUUACUGCUUUCAAUGAAGGAAAGCGUUCCCCAUCCAAAAGAAAGUCAAAGAAUCGUAAAGCUUCCUCGGAACUUAUUAGUAUGGAUUUGCCUGAGACUUUCAAAGAACCUGAAUCUGCGGGUUCCACCGUUAAAGCUAAAAUUACCACUUUGGAAAGACCUGAAGUCCCCCCAACCAGGAAAUCUUCUGAGAGUCUUGUAGAGUCCAAGAAAAUAGAGAAAGAAACAGAAAUGGAAAACGCAGCUUUAAAUGUACAGGUGAUUACUGAAAAAACUGAAACUGUUGCUGUAGAGUCAACUGAAUUUUCACCAAGUCAAAGACAACCAGAGAUUCCAAAGUUUUCUCCUGAGCUUGCAAUCAAGGACCAGAUUCCAACUACAAAGGAGCAUGACAGUGAAACGCUGUCAGUCUCAUCUACACAGCGCUCACCACCCAAAAGAAAGUCAAAGAGUCGUAAAGCUUCCUCAGAACUUAUUAGUACAGAUUUGCCUGAGAUCUUGAAAGAACCUGAAUCUGUGGGUUCCACCGUGGAAGCUAAGAUUACCACUUUGGAAAAACCUGAAGCCCUCCAAACAAGGAAAACUUCAAAGAGUCUUGUGGAGUCUGAGGACACAGAGAAAGAAAGUGGAAGGGAAAAGAUAGUCUUGCAUUUACAGGUGAUUACUAGAAAAACUGAAACUGUUGCUGUAGAGUCAACUGAACUUUCACCAAGUGAAAGAAAACCAGAGAUUCCAAAGAUUUCUCCUGAGCUUGCAAUCAAGGACCAGAUUCCAACUCAAACAGAACAUGACAAUGAGAUUCUGUCAGUCUCCUCUACAGACCAAGUUACUGCUGUUGUUUUGGAAGACAUAUCUCCCAUACAAACUGGAGGAAAGUCAGAUCCUGUUGAAUUUUCCAUAGCUCCUGAGUCACUUCUAACCAUUGAAAGACAGCCUGAUGCAGAAAAUGAAUAUACUAAGAAAGAGCUCUAUAGUGUGAAAUCUAGCACACCUUCAGAGGUGGUCACUGUGCAGACUGAAUAUGCUAUGGGGGAACUGACAAAGAAAGAUGAAGAGACUGAUAGUCAGAGAUCUCCUGUAUCUCCAGAGGUUUCCACAGCAACAACAAAAAUUACUGCUAUGAAUAAAGGAAAGCUUUCACCACCCAAGAGAAAGUCAAAGAGUCGUAAAGCUUCCUCAGAACUUAUUAGUACGGAUUUGCCUGAGACUUUGAAAGAAUCUGAAUCUGUGGGUUCCACCGGGGAAGCUAAGAUUACCACUUUGGAAAAACCUGAAGCCCUCCAACCAAAGAAAACUUCAGAGAGUCUUGUGGAGUCUGAGGACACAGAGAAAGAAAGUGGAAGGGAAAAGAUAGCCUUGCAUUUACAGGUGAUUACUAGAAAAACUGAAACUGUUGCUGUAGAGUCAACUGAACUUUCACCAAGUGAAAGACAACCAGAGAUUCCAAAGGUUUCUCAUGAGCUUGCAAUCAAGGACCAGAUUCCAACUACAGAGGAGCAUGACAGUGAAACACUGUCAGUCUCAUCCACACAGCGCUCACCAACCAAAAGAAAAUCAAAGACUCGUAAAGCUUCCUCCGAACUUAUUAGUACGGAUUUGCCUGAGACCUUGAAAGAACCUGAAUCUGCGGGUUCCACCAAGGAAGCUAAAAUUACCACUUUGGAAAGACCUGAAGUCCCCCCAACCAGGAAAUCUUCUGAGAGUCUUGUAGAGUCCAAGAAAAUAGAGAAAGAAACAGAAAUGGAAAACGCAGCUUUAAAUGUACAGGUGAUUACUGAAAAAACUGAAACUGUUGCUGUAGAGUCAGCUGAAUUUUCACCAAGUGAAAGACAACCAGAGAUUCCAAAGGUUUCUCUCGAGCUUGCAAUCAAGGACCAGAUUCCAACUACAAAGGAGCAUGACAGUGAAACGCUGUCAGUCUCAUCUACACAGCGCUCACCACCCAAAAGAAAGUCAAAGAGUCGUAAAGCUUCCUCGGAACUUAUUAGUAUGGAUUUGCCUGAGACCUUGAAAGAACCUGAAUCUGUGGGUUCCACCGUUGAAGCUAAAAUUACCACUUUGGAAAGACCUGAAGUCCCCCCAACCAGGAAAUCUUCUGAGAGUCUUGUAGAGUCCAAGAAAAUAGAGAAAGAAACAGAAAUGGAAAAUGCAGCUUUAAAUGUACAGGUGAUUACUGAAAAAACUGAAACUGUUGCUGUAGAGUCUACGGCAUUUUCACCAAGUGAAAGACAACCAGAGAUUCCAAAGGUUUCCCUUGAGCUUGCAAUCAAGGACCAGAUUCCAACUACAAAGGAGCAUGACAGUGAAACGCUGUCAGUCUCAUCCACACAGCACUCACCACCCAAAAGAAAGUCAAAGAGUCGUAAAGCUUCCUCCGAACUUAUUAGUACAGAUUUGCCUGAGACCUUGAAAGAACCUGAAUCUGUGGGUUCCACCAAGGAAACUAAAAUUACCACUUUGGAAAAACCUGAAGCCCUCCAAACAAGGAAAACUUCAGAGAGUCUUGUGGAGUCUGAGGACACAGAGAAAGAAAGUGGAAGGGAAAAGAUAGCCUUGCAUUUACAGGUGAUUACUAGAAAAACUGAAACUGUUUCUGUAGAGUCAACUGAACUUUCACCAAGUGAAAGACAACCAGAGAUUCCAAAGGUUUCUCAUGAGCUUGCAAGCAAGGACCAGAUUCCAACUACAAAGGAGCAUGACAGUGAAACGCUGUCAGUCUCAUCCACACAGCGCUCACCACCCAAAAGAAAGUCAAAGAGUCGUAAAGCUUCCUCGGAACUUAUUAGUACGGAUUUGCCUGAGACCUUGAAAGAACCUGAAUCUGCGGGUUCCACCAAGGAAGCUAAAAUUACCACUUUGGAAAGACCUGAAGUCCCCCCAACCAGGAAAUCUUCUGAGAGUCUUGUAGAGUCCAAGAAAAUAGAGAAAGAAACAGAAAUGGAAAACACAACUUUAGAUGUACAGGUGAUUACUGAAAAAACUGAAACUGUUGCUGUAGAGUCAGCUGAAUUUUCACCAAGUGAAAGACAACCAGAGAUUCCAAAGGUUUCCCUUGAGCUUGCAAUCAAGGACCAGAUUCCAACUACAAAGAAGCAUGACAGUGAAACGCUGUCAGUCUCAUCCACACAGCGCUCACCAACCAAAAGAAAGUCAAAGAGUCGUAAAGCUUCCUCAGAACUUAUUAGUACGGAUUUGUCUGAGACCUUGAAAGAACCUGAAUCUGUGGGUUCCACCAAGGAAGCUAAGAUUACCACUUUGGAAAAACCUGAAGUCCCCCCAACCAGGAAAUCUUCUGAGAGUCUUGUAGAGUCCAAGAAAAUAGAGAAAGAAACAGAAAUGGAAAACGCAGCUUUAAAUGUACAGGUGAUUACUGAAAAAACUGAAACUGUUGCUGUAGAGUCAACGGCAUUUUCACCAAGUGAAAGACAACCAGAGAUUCCAAAGGUUUUCCUUGAGCUUGCAAUCAAGGACCAGAUUCCAACUACAAAGGAGCAUGACAGUGAAACGCUGUCAGUCUCAUCCACACAGCACUCACCAACCAAAAGAAAGUCAAAGAGUCGUAAAGCUUCCUCGGAACUUAUUAGUACGGAUUUGCCUGAGACCGUGAAAGAACCUGAAUCUGUGGGUUCCACCGUUGAAGCUAAGAUUACCACUUUGGAAAAACCUGAAGUCCCCCCAACCAGGAAAUCUUCUGAGAGUCUUGUAGAGUCCAAGAAAAUAGAGAAAGAAACAGAAAUGGAAAACACAACUUUAGAUGUACAGGUGAUUACUGAAAAAACUGAAACUGUUGCUGUAGAGUCAACUGAACUUUCACCAAGUGAAAGACAACCAGAGAUUCCAAAGGUUUCCCUUGAGCUUGCAAUCAAGGACCAGAUUCCAACUACAAAGAAGCAUGACAGUGAAACGCUGUCAGUCUCAUCCACACAGCGCUCACCAACCAAAAGAAAGUCAAAGAGUCGUAAAGCUUCCUCAGAACUUAUUAGUACGGAUUUGUCUGAGACCUUGAAAGAACCUGAAUCUGUGGGUUCCACCAAGGAAGCUAAGAUUACCACUUUGGAAAGACCUGAAGUCCCCCCAACCAGGAAAUCUUCUGAGAGUCUUGUAGAGUCCAAGAAAAUAGAGAAAGAAACAGAAAUGGAAAACGCAGCUUUAAAUGUACAGGUGAUUACUGAAAAAACUGAAACUGUUUCUGUAGAGUCAACGGCAUUUUCACCAAGUGAAAGACAACCAGAGAUUCCAAAGGUUUCCCUUGAGCUUGCAAGCAAGGACCAGAUUCCAACUACAAAGGAGCAUGACAGUGAAACGCUGUCAGUCUCAUCCACACAGCACUCACCACCCAAAAGAAAGUCAAAGAGUCGUAAAGCUUCCUCGGAACUUAUUAGUACGGAUUUGCCUGAGACCGUGAAAGAACCUGAAUCUGUGGGUUCCACCGUUGAAGCUAAGAUUACCACUUUGGAAAAACCUGAAGCCCUCCAAACAAGGAAAACUUCAGAGAGUCUUGUGGAGUCUGAGGACACAGAGAAAGAAAGUGGAAGGGAAAAGAUAGCCUUGCAUUUACAGGUGAUUACUAGAAAAACUGAAACUGUUGCUGUAGAGUCAACUGAACUUUCACCAAGUGAAAGACAACAAGAGAUUCCAAAGGUUUCCCUUGAGCUUGCAAUCAAGGACCAGAUUCCAACUACAAAGGAGCAUGACAGUGAAACGCUGUCAGUCUCAUCCACACAGCACUCACCACCCAAAAGAAAGUCAAAGAGUCGUAAAGCUUCCUCCGAACUUAUUAGUACGGAUUUGCCUGAGACCUUGAAAGAACCUGAAUCUGCGGGUUCCACCAAGGAAUCUAAAAUUACCACUUUGGAAAGACCUGAAGUCCCCCCAACCAGGAAAUCUUCUGAGAGUCUUGUAGAGUCCAAGAAAAUAGAGAAAGAAACAGAAAUGGAAAACGCAGCUUUAAAUGUACAGGUGAUUACUGAAAAAACUGAAACUGUUGCUGUAGAGUCAACGGCAUUUUCACCAAGUGAAAGACAACCAGAGAUUCCAAAGGUUUCCCUUGAGCUUGCAAGCAAGGACCAGAUUCCAACUACAAAGGAGCAUGACAGUGAAACGCUGUCAGUCUCAUCCACACAGCACUCACCACCCAAAAGAAAGUCAAAGAGUCGUAAAGCUUCCUCAGAACUUAUUAGUACAGAUUUGCCUGCGACUUUGAAAGAACCUGAAUCUGUGGGUUCCACCGUUGAAGCUAAGAUUAUCACUUUGGAAAAACCUGAAGCCCCCCAAACAAGGAAAACUUCAAAGAGUCUUGUGGAGUCUGAGGACACAGAGAAAGAAAGUGGAAGGGAAAAGAUAGCCUUGCAUUUACAGGUGAUUACUAGAAAAACUGAAACUGUAGAGUCAAUUGAAUUCUCACCAAGUGAAAGAAAACCAGAGAUUCCAAAGGUUUCUCCUGAUCUUGCAAUCAAGGACCAGAUUCCAACUCAAACAGAACAUGACAAUGAGAUUCUGUCAGUCUCAUCUACAGAGCAAGUUACUGCUGUAGUUUUGGAAGACGUAUCUCCCAUACAAACUGGAGGAAAGUCAGAUGAUGUUGAACUUUCCAUUGCUUCUGAUUCAGUCCCACCUAUUGAUAGACAUCCAGAUAGAGAAAAUAUGGAUCAGAACCUUUCCCUGGAAAAACCUGAACUUCCUACAUCAAAGAAGACGUCAGAGAGUCUAUUGGAGUACAACGAAAUGGAGAAAGAAAUUGAAAAGGGAAAAGCACAUUUAAGUUUGCAGACAGUCACUGUAACAACUGACAGUAUUUCUAUAGAAUCAACUAAGUUUUCACCAUGUGAAAGAAAGUCAGACAGUCCAAAAGUUUCUCUUCAGUCUGAUAACAAGGCACCAGAAUGCACAGCACCUCAAUCUGAUGCAAGAGAUUCAGACACAGCGCCACAAAUGCAGCCAUGUCUUUCUUCUAGUUUUACAGAUACAACAAAUAUUGCAGAUUGUAUUAACAAAUUAUGGAGUAACACAGAAGAAGUUCCGAAGAGGUAUUUAGUUCUUGAGCUGCCUGAUCGAACAGUCCCACAAUUGUUUGAGACAAACCAAUAUCAGCCAGACACAAGAAUUUCUGAUAAGGAAUCUAUUACUUUUGCCAUUGUUUCAAUGGAGCAGCCUCAUGAGACAGAGACAGAUGUAACAGAAAUAGCCCCAUCUAAGCUAAAUGAGACUAUGAGUCAGCAAACAGUCUCAGAUAACUUACAAAUACAACCUGAAGUCAACAUCCAACAUGACGAUGGGCAAAAUAUUUUAGGCAUCAAGGUUCAAAAGUCUCUUGAAGAUGAAGCAUUCAAAGCUGAAGAAAUGAGUAUAAAGACAAGAAUACACACAUCUGAAAAUAUUACUGUCUCAGUGCACAAUGACCCCCAGAUGCACAUGGAGCACUUGACUGUACAGUGUGAGACCACACCACAAAGCAACGUUGAGACAACCAGUGUAGAACUGCAAGUAAGCAUUGCUGAAGGGAAUGAUAUUAAGGCUGACCAAGGCUCUAGUCAGCCUACUGCAACUGUUUUCACCUCAGAAAAACAUGUGCCCAUGAGCCCAGAUGACAAGUCUGUUACAGGGGAUAAAAUCCAAGUGGAGACUAAAGUGCUUAGUUUGGACUAUGAAAUACCAACCAGCCAUAAAACCGCAGUUGUGGUUCACCCAGAGGAAGCUACAGUCAGAGUACAGAUGCAACAAAUCAGCAUUGAAAUGCAAGAUAAUGUGGAGAUGUCUGCCUCUUCUCGACCUGCACUUCUGCAGGCAAGUGAACAAGAGAGAGUAUCUGCAGAAAUAAGCUUAUCUGAGCAAGACACUAUAAAAUCAGAAAUGGUGAUUGAGCUAGAGAUCUUGAAAACCACACAGGAUAGCAAAGGGGAGCUGAAGAACUACAACUUAAAAGAGGAGGUCUCUAAAAAAGAUGUACUUGAUUUACCCAAAAGCUUGGAUGAAAAGGAAAUAUUGGGGGACUCUCAAGUGCGAGUUUUACAGCUUGAUAUACCUACGAGUCAUGAAGAACAGGAAAAGACAUUUGUCAUGACAGCAGCAGUACCAAUGGCAGAUACAGCUCAAUCAAGUAUGCAGUGGGAACAAAAAGAGACUGCAAUUCAGGUUAACCCUGAGGAGGCUACACUCAUAGUCAAGGUACAACAAAUCAGCACAGAAACGCCAAAGGAUGUGGCUCAGAGUGACUCUACUCAAACUGUUCUGCUGCAGCCAGUUGAAACAGAGACAAUAUCUGCAGAAAUAAGCUUAUUUAAGGAAGACACUGUAAAACCACAAACGGCAAUUGAGUUAGAGAUCCUGGGAACCACACAGAAACCAGAGGAGCUGAAGGAUUACGACUUAAAAGAGGUCUCCAAAACAGAUGUACCUGAUGUAUCCCACACUUUGGAUGAAAAACUGGUUACAGGAGAGAAAAACCUUGUUGAGCCUCAAGUGCGAGUUUUACAAAUAGAUAUACCAACCAGUAAUGAAGAACAGAAACAGACGUUUGUCAUGACAGCAGCCGAACCAAAGAUAGAUACAGCUCAAUCAAGUUUGCAGUGUGAAGGAGUUCAUGUACCGUCUGAGGAGGCUGAAGUUAUAGUCAAAGUGCAACCAAUCACCUUGGACACACAAAAGUAUCUGGAUCAAAGUAAUUCCUCUCAAAAUGCACUCCUGCAAAGUGAAGCAGGGGCAAUGUCUGCAGAAAUAAACAUAUCCAAACAAGAUACUGUAAAACCAGAAAAACUGACUGAGCAGGAGCUCCUGAAAAACACACAGGACAGACCUAUGAUAACUAAGGAAACUGGGGUCCAAAAAGAGCGCUCUGAACUGUCAAUACAUAGAGGGAAUGAUAUACCCAUGAGCCUGGAUGAAAAAGCAGAAAAAGUCCAAGUGGAGCCUGAUGUUGUUUUACCAGCCAGCCAUGAGGAGCAUGAAAGAUCAUUUGUCUCGAAAGCAGAUGUGCCAAGAACAGAUAUAAGUAUCCAGUCUGAACAUUCUCAAGUAAACAAAGAUUUGACUUCAGCUGAUGUUCAACCUGAACAAGAAAUUAGCUUUACAAUAAAGGUGCAGCAAAUGAAGACUAAAAUGCCAGUGGAUCUCGUGGCUCAGUGUGAAUCUACUCAAGCUGCACUUUUUCAGCCAGGUGAAGCAAAGAAAACACAAUCUGCAGAAAUAAGCUUACCUGAACAAGACACUGCAGAACCACAAACAAUGAUUGCACUAGAGACCUUGAAAACUGCUAGAUCAGUGGAGGUGAAGGAUUACAACAUGAAACAGGAUGUCCCCACAAAAGAUGUGCUUGAUUCACUCAAAAACUUGGAUGAAAAAUCAGUUGCAAUAAAGCAAAUUCAAGUGGAGCCUCAAGUGAAAGUUUUACAGCUGGAUAUACCAAUCAGUCAAAAAGAACAGGAAAAGAUAUUUGUGAAGACAUCAGCAGAACCAAAACCAGAUACAGCUCAUUUAAGUAUCCAGCGUGAAAGGGAGCUGGGAAAUAAAGAUGAUACUUCAGCUGAGGUUACACAGGAGACUGAAUAUAUAAUCAAAGUGCAACAAAUCACCACUGAUAGACAAGGGGAUGUGACUCAGAGCGACUCAGGUCCACCAGCUGAAGUAGGGAUAGCUUCUGCAGAAAUAAACUUAUCAAUGCAAGAAACUGUAAAACUAGAACCAGUGACUGAGCAAGAGCUCUUGAAAACCACAAAGCAUAGAUCUACUGUGACUAAGGGACUUGUGAUCCAAGGUCAGCAGCCCAAACCAAAUGAACUGGAUGACAUACCCAUGAGCCUGGAUGACAAGACGAUUACAAAAGAGAAAGUCCAGGGGGAGCCUGAGGUCCUUGUUUCACCAACCAGCCAGGAGGAGGAUAAAAGAACAUUUGUUGUGGUAACAGAUGUACCCAGAGCAGAUGUAGCUCAUUCAAGUAUCCAGUCUGAAAUCAUUGCAGUAAACAAAGAUUUGACUGCCGCUGAAGUUCAACCUGAGGAAGCUGCUAGACCAGAAGAUGUGGCGCAGAGCGAUUCCACUCAACCUUCUCUGCUGCAGACACGUGAACCAGAGACAGUCUCUGCAGAAAUUUGCUUAUCUGAAAAACAUGUUGUAAAACCAGAACUGGUGACUGAGCAAGAGCUCUUGAAGACCACAGACAGCAGAACAGACAUGUCUCAAAUAAAUAUCGAAUGUGAUUCAGAACUUGAAAAGAAAGAUGUGAGUCCAGCUGAUGCUCACCCUGGGGAGGCAACAGUUGGAAUGGAGGUGCAACAAAUCAGCACUGAAACACAAGAAGAUGUAGCUCUGGUGGACUCAACUCAACCUGCAGUGCUGCCGCCAAGAAAAAUAGCAUCUGCAGAAAUUAGCUUACCUGAGGGAGAAGCUGUACAAUCAGAAACAGUAACUGAGCAAGAACUCAUGAAAACUACACAGUUCUCCACAAAUGUUGUGCUUGAUUCACCAAAAAGUGUGGACAAACUAUCAGUCACAGCAGAGAAAAUCCAGGCAGAACCUCAAGUGUGUAUUUUACAACUCAAUAUGUCAACCAGCGACAAGGAGCAUGAAAGAACGUUAGUCAUGACAGCAGCAGCAUCAAGAACAGAUACGGGUCAAACGAUAUUUCACGGUGAAAUAGAAAAAGAACAGAAAGACAAAACAGCUGAGGUUCAUCCUGAGGAGGCAGCAGUUAGAAUGGAGGAGCAACAAAUCAUUACUGAAAGACAAGAGGAUGUUCAGUUUGACUCUGUUCAACCUGGACUGCUGGAAAACGAAGCAGUAAGUUCUACAAAAAUAAUUGUAUCUGAGCCACACAAUGUAAAAUCAGAAAUAGUGUCUAAGCAAGAAAUCUUGAAAACCACACAAGAUAGACCUAUGGUGACUAAGGACCUUGUGGUCCAAGCAGAGCCCUCUGAAGCUUCAGUCACAGUGAAGGAGAAACAAAUUAGCGCUGAAAGACCAAAAAUUGCAGCUCAGAGUGACUCCACUCAAACUACACUGGAGCAAACAAGUGAAGCAGAGACAACAUCUGCACAAAUACGCUUACCUGAGCAAGACAUUGUAAAACAAGAAACACUGAUUGAGCUAAAGAUCUUGGAAAUCGCACAGGACAGACCUACAGGGAUUAAGAAACUUGGUGUCAAAGAAGGCUCUUCUAAAUUGUUAAUGCAUGGAGUGGGUGAUGCACCCAAGAGCCUAAGUGGCAAGUCUGUUACAGUAGACGAAACCCAGAUUGAGCCUGAGGUGCUUGUUUUACAAGUAGAAGUACCAACAAGUCGUCAUGAGCAUGAACAGACAUCUUUCAUGAUAGAAAAAAGUGACUCCGCUCAGCCUGCUCUGCUAGAGCCAGAGGUCAGUGGAGAGCUCUUGAAAACCACAGAAGACAAACCUAUUGUGACUAAGGAAUUUGUCCAAGACAAGCACCCUAAAGUAUUAACACAUGGAGUGGAAGACGUACCCACAAGCCUGGAUGUCAAAUUUGUUAAAAUGAAGAAAAUUCAGAUGGACCCUGAGGUGCUUGUAAUACCAGCAGUUCGAGAAGAGCAUGUGUCAAGAACAGAUACAUCUCGAUCAAGUAUCCAGUGUGAAAGUUCAGAAGAACACAGAGAUACGAGUGCAGCUGAGGUUCUUCCUAAAGAGGCUGAAGUUAAAACCAGAGUAGUAGAAGUCCAACAAUUUAGGACUGAAAUGAAGGAAGGUGUAGCUCAGGCUGACACAGCUCAAUCUGUACUGAUACAUGCAGGUGAAACAGAGUCAACAUGUGUAGAAAUAAGUUUAUCUGAACGAGACACUGUAAAACCAGAAACUCUUAAUAAGUUGAAGUUCUUGAAUACCACAGAGGAGAGACCAAAGGACGUCAAUCUGCGAGAGGAGUUUGUAACUAAAGAUGUACUUGAUGCACCUAAAGGCCAGCAUGAAGUGUCUGUUACAGUGGAAAAACUCAGCAUGGGGUCUAGCGUACCCACUCUACAGCCAAAUAUACCGGCCACCAUAACCACAUCUGUUGUGAUAGCAACAAGUGCAAGGACUGACAGUGAUCAAACAACUACGAAGUCUGAAAAAAUAACACAAACCCAAGAGCUUAGGUCUCUUGAAGCAGAGAAAGAAAAACCUGCAUCUGAGAUGAAUAAAGCAGAUGCUCCAAAAAGCUUUACCAAACUCCUGUCAGAACCAGUUGUGUAUCCUAAAGUCCAAACAGAUGCAACAAAUAGGAAAGAAGAAGAAGAGAAGCAGAAGAAGAAAAUUCAAGAAAAGGAAAAAGAAAGAAGCACCAGUGUAGAACUGCCAUUCAGCAUAAGCACAACAACCACCAUCACUACCAUGGAGGCCACUGGAACAAGGCUUAAGAAACUGCCACAGGAGCAAGUAUUCAGUACUGACACAUCACUGCAGGUGGUUCAGAUAUCAUCAGGUGAUACUGUACUGGGUGAAGAACCCCAUUUGAAAGGACUGACCCCUCAAGAAAACAAAAUAGACGCAAAUGACAUGGAAACUGAGAGAACAGUACUGGAGUCACCAGGAGAAACAUCCAUUUUGACAGUGAUACAGCUACUCAAAGACAUGGGACCCAGCAGUCAACUCAUUGAGGGUAAACCACUUGAGGAUGCUCCAGAGGUUCUGAUUUCAUCUACCAGUAGCAUGGACAGUCAUCUAAGUAGGGUUAUAUCUAAACUCCUGAACUGCAAGAACCGCUCAGCUGAGCUGAGCCCAACAGCCAUGGCCCAGCAGGUGGAGGAGGCUCAGGAGUGCAGAGAGGCUGCCCUGGCCCAGGUAGCAUUGCUCUCUCAGUUGAGAGGGGCUGUUGCUGAGAAUAGGGACACUCUGGAGCAUCUGGAGGACCAGUGGAGCAGUGCUGCCCAGGAUGCAGCUAAUAUUAUCCAGAGUAAGGAGGCUCAGCUGCAGAUGGUCACUGAUUAUUGCCAGCACAUCCAAACAGCUAAGAAUGCGGUGGACAAAGCAACCGCAGAACUGGACGCUCUUCAAACAUCCCCUCAGGAGAGCAGCUCCAAGGAGGCAGAGCGACUAGGCUCCUUACAAAGAAGUAUGGAGGAGAACAGAACAGCACUUGGAGAGCUGCUUGUGACCCAUAGCAAAUUGUGCCCCCACCUUACCCGGUAUGAGCGAGCAAUUGCAGAGACUGAGCAGAAGAACCUACAAGAGAGGUGGAGAGUUCUGGAAAGAACUGUGGAGAGUAUGCUUCAUCACACACAUGCCCGUUCUCACAAGACCAGCAACCUCCUGUCAGAGUUAUCAGAUUUGCAGGAACACUUGGAAGUGAUCAUUAAAGACCUUGAAGCCAAGUUUCCAUCAGUUACUCAGUGGAACUGCAAGAAGGCUCGACAGCUGAUGGAGGCAAACGCUGAGGUUAAAGCAGCCCAGCAGAAGUACCUCCAUUUACAACAGCUGUCAGAGCUGUUGCUAUUUAGCCCACAGUGGGAGAUGGAAACAAAGGAGAUCCAUCAGGGACUCCAGAGAGUUAAGGACAAAAUUUCUCAUACAGAGGAACUUUUGGCUGCCCAAACCCUGAACAGCAACAGCCCUAUCAUGGAGAAAAUUGUCAUAGUGAUGAGGGAAGGCCUGGCCUGGGCCAGGCAGACAGAGAGUGAUAUUGAGGGCAGGAAAAAGAGAGUAGCUCUUCUCCCCGAGGAAGUUCACCGGCAGCUCAGGGAUCUGAAGAAGCUGCAAUCUGAGGUGAUGGCCAAACAAGGUCAGCUGGAGUCACUGGCGGAGGAAAUGACUGAGCUCCUUCCACAGCUGGACCAGGUUGAAGAGGUACCUAUGGUGCAGAGUCUUCUGAAAUGUCUUGAAGAACUCUCAAAGUCCACCAAUGAGAAGCUGUCCAAAGCUGUGAAAGAAGUGGAAUCAGGACUACAGACCAGAGAAAAGCUAUCUGAACAGAUUGCCGAUCUAGACUCCUGGGUUGUGGCUUAUCUGCAAAGAGAAGCAUCCCGGGGUCCAGACAGUGAGCUCAGGAGCCCUGCUGAACUUGAUCGCAGAACCCGCCAAAUCCAAGAAACCCUGGAUGAGGCUGAGAAGCAGGAAGCAGUCUGUGAGGCUCUUUUUAUUAAGAGCAAAGAUAUCACUUCUGAAUUCAGUGUCACAGAGAACUGUCAGCUUUUUGACAAGCUUACCAACCUCCAGGAGAAUAUCAGAACCAUUAGCAGCCAAGAAAAAAAUAACAAGAAGGAGCUGAAUGAACUCACCCAGACUUUAGAUUCAAACAAGAAAAAACUUGUCACUGUUGAAAACAGUCUAAGGCAGAUGUUGGUGGAUCUAAGCAGACACAGGUUCCCCAUUACAAGAGAGUCCCUGCAAGCUUUAGAGCCUUUCAAGCACAUGAUUUUGGAACACAAGUCGCAAGUUGACCUCCUGCAACCCUGGAUUCCCAAUGAGAAGACAAAAGAAUUGAACUCUGUCAUCUCUGAGCUGCACAGCAAAAUGUGUGCCCUAGAAAUGAAAGCCAGGGACCAAGAGAGGUACCUAAACAUGAGGCAAUGCGUCGAGGAUCUCAGGGAAAGCAUUCAGGAACAGGUGCACCAGACAAAAGAAGAUGGCAAUGACACAGACGAGAAGUACAGAAUCUGUCAGAACCUUCUUAUCCAGUUUCAUCUGAUGAAGGGAUUGUGUGAAGAGGCUCGCUCAAAACUACACACAAUCUCUGCUGACCUCUACCCUUCACAGCUGACUGCAGAGCAACAAAGGCUUAAGCAAAAUGAGGAGAGUCUUAGCACCUUGGAGAUGACACUCUAUAACAACCUCAGCAUCAUUGAGUGGAACCUGCUGAUGGACCUGGACCUGGAAUCAGAGAGGAAAGCCACUAAGGCCUUCCUCUUAAAGACCCAGAAAGAGUUUGAGAAACUUCCCACGUUGGAGCCAAAUGACACAGCAAUUAACAGAGAAUAUGAGAGAGUGGUGUCUCUGACAAAGACUGCGGAGUCAAGAAUGAGAGCACUGGGGGUGCUGGAGCAAAAGAAGGGAAAGAAAAAAAGAAGUGGAUCUCAAGACUUGAUGGACUUGAAGAAUGCAGUCCUCGGUCAAUGUGAAUCCCACAUGGAGAACAUCACUCAGGCCAGGGAGUCACUGAGAAGCUACACCUGUUCUGUUAAACAGGCUGUACAGUUCCUGAGGGAUAUUGAGGUGUCUAUGCUGCCACCUCAGGGCUCUGCUGGGGUCUGCGGUGACAGAGUCGAGGAGACCCAGCAGGCUUUGGCCUCACUCCAGCAGCAAUUUCAAAUUCAUGUAGAACAGCUCCAAGACCAGACUGCUCUGCAUCCAUACCUGUCCCCACUGAAGGUGGAGCAGCUCCAAGAGAGUAUUCUGAGCCAACUCCUGGUGAUGAUGUCCACUCUCCAGGCAAAGGGCCAUGUGAAGUUGGAGUGUCUCAGCAGGUGUGCAGAGCAGCACAGAAAUUACAUCAAGUGCAAAGAAGAAAUCAUGCAGAGCGUGAAGAGUACAGCGAACAGACUCUUACAGCUCAUCACUCAGAAGGUCACCUGUCUCACUGACUGCACUGACCAGGAGGCAAAUCUUAGAGCACUUGCAGAGGAGAUGGAGGCCCUCCUGAGACGUCUGGAAGAGCUGCAGGAGUGGUGUUCAGAGCAGGGCUGUCGCGGAAGCAGGGAGACCGCCAUGACUUGUAUCUGGAGAUGGGUAUUAAGACUACGUCACUGCACACAGGAGCUGACAACUCGUAGCAAACAGAGAAUCAGAGAAUGGAGUGAUAUCUCAGACAGCGUGGAGAAGGCCUCUGUGUUACUGCAGGGAGUGGAGGCAGAGCUUCCUGACAGCUCCAAGGUGAAGGCAUCUACCGAGGAGCUUCAGGACGUGCUGCAGUCCUGGGAACAGUACCAGGACAGGCUGGACUGUGAACACAGAGCGCUGUCUGCACUGGAACUGCGCACUGCCAGGCUGCUGGGUGUCCCUGCCCACCUGGAGCAGGCUCCUCCUAUUCAACUCUGUCAGCAGCUGCAAGCAAUGCAGGGCCGAUAUGACAAUGUGAAGCAGAGAAGCAGGGAGGGUUUGCAGGCAGCUAGGCAGGAGCUGGAGGACAGAGAAAAGGUGCGAGAGGAGCUGCAGGGUAUCCGGGUUUGGCUGAAGGCUGCUGCAUCUCUUCUGACAGAGAUGGAGCAGAGCAGCAGCACACAGGAGCUGCAGGCGCUCUACAGCCAGCUGUGUACCCAGAAGUCUUUGCUGCACCGUAUCAUGGAGAACCUGAAGAUGAAAUACUCAGAUAUGUACACUUUGGUCCCGGUUGAGAUUGACAGCCAAAUGCAGGACAUCACUAAGUCUCUGCAGCAAGUAGAAGAAAAGGUGGGAGAGGCGAUAGAGAGGAGCGGUCCUGUUCACAGGUUGGGCGCGAGGAUGUCUGAUAUCGAGGCUGGCCUGAGAUCUGUUCAGAAGAGACUGGAACAGAGGAGUCCCACUGUGACUCAAGCAAAGAUCACUCAGAAGCGUGCCUGGGACGAGCUGGAUGCGUGGCACUCGCGUCUGGCAGCGCUGGAAGUGGACAUGCAAGACUUAGAGAAGCCUGAGGAGGUGCUGAUCCUCACAGAAAGACUAGUGGAGGUUCAGCAGCUUCACUCCCAGCUGGCCAAACAGGCAGAGCAGAGGACCACCCUGAUCAGCAAGAUUCAAACGUGGCUUCAGGAACAUCAAGAGAUGGUCAAAAGCUCCAAGAGCUGGAUGUCCGAGGCUCAGUCGUGGCUUGCCGCUCCCUGCACCUACACCACAGCUAAAUGUUUGAGCAGUCACGUUCACGCCCUGCAGUUGGUCCUGGAUGAUUCAGUCCAGAUCAGAAACACACUGCAGGGCUUCAGCUCGGUCCUGAAGGAAAUGUCGCAGGUUUGUGAUGUCACAGCUCUCCAGGAACAGCUGGUCGAAGCAGAUCGCCAAGUGGCCGACGUUCAGGACAGCUUCACAGCUCCUCUGUCUCAGCUGGAGCAUGCUGCCGCUGAGGUGGAGGCGAUUGAGAGUGAAGUCAAGCGGAUGGAGAAUGAUGUCGCAGAGAUCAAGAACUUGCUAUCUUCUCCAGAGAGUUUUCCCAGCCCCAGAGAGGACAGUUUAAAGGCGGUUGAGCAGAGGAUCCAGUCGAUGAGGAGAACAGUAGCUGAGAUCCAGAAAUGUAAGCCAGGCCUUUGUCUUCCUGAGAAGGCUGAAGAAACUCUGACUGUCUUUACUGUGGUGGACCAGCUCCAGACUCUGCUGCUGGAAUUGGAGAAGAAGGUUCCUGCGUUAUUUAUCCAGCAGCCUCCAACUCCCACACAAGCCAAAGCUCAGGCGGCCCAACAGACGACCACUGAACUCAAAACAUCUGCAUCUGAAAAAGCUACAUCUGAGGAGGCUGAGGAAGAGCAGGGUCAGAUCAGAAUUGCUCGUGUUGAGGAGGAUGUACUGCGGAGGUCUGGAGCUACACUGCUGACUGUGGAGCAGUCCUCACCUGAACAAAGGCAGGCCCCAACACCUGAUAUUACCCAGCAGCGGAAGCAUCAAGGCGUGCUCCAGGCUGAAGAAGCCACAGAAAAAAAAAGCAGUGAGGAACAGAGAGUGGAAGAAGGUGGAGGAGGUUUUUAUUGGUGGCUCUGGGAUGUUUUCCUGGGCUCUUCACCAGAGGAACCUGUGGUUGUUGCCUCAGAAGAGACUGAAGCUGCCACUGGACAAAGCACUGAACAGCCUACAGAAGACACAAAGGAUGUUGAGGGCACCACUGACACCACAGAAACAAGUUCAUCUGAAGCUUUAUCAAAACCCCUGGGCGCAGUCACAACUCAGUCACUGCCUGAGAGUAUGGUAAACACAUCGCCGACCGUAAAAGUCUCCAAAUCCAGCUCUGGGUCACAGCAGAAAUGUGUAGUCUCCUAGAUCUAGAACUUGUAGAACUGCAUCUUUUUUUUCUCAUCAAUCUAAACCUAGAACCAUUUCUGUGCAAAAUCUCCAAGCACACCUCAAAGCGAGCCUAGAGGCCACUGUUUGAAGACUUAUAGACCUUUCAUGUCUUUGCUGGCAAUAGCGUCUACGCAGCAUCGUAAAUCUGUCACCUUUUUCUGGAUCUAGUUUGAAAACAGUUCUAGAAUCAAGAUUUCUAUUCUUUCUCUAUAGUCCCCUAGAUUGAUUCCUCCAACUUUUUCUAUUCUAGCCUCUAUUUCUGAGCCACUAGGUGUUGGAUUGACCUCCCACAUUACUCCAGACCAGACGCUUUACUGCCUUCUGUUGUACUCAUAUUGGGAGUCAUUUCUUUUUUUGAGCGAGCGGUAGCGUCUCGCUUUUCUCAAAAUAGUGGUUUUGUAAAGCCUUUGUAGAACCAAAUGACUCCUUUACAAGAAACAACUCUAGAACACCUACUUAUCAUUGAAAUCAUUUAGAGUACCCCUCUCCUCUAGAAUGUUGUAGAACGAGUCCUGUUUGUUCCUGUUUUUCUUUGACAGCAAAACUUAGAGCUCCUGUCUUCUUGUAGAAGUAAACCAAGGACACUUUUUCUUCUAGAACCAGUUCUAGAGCUCCUGAUGUUAGGGUUCUUUUAGACAUGUCUCACAGUGCAUUUACAUGGCAGAUGAUUGCUUAAAAUUGUUUACAUUUGAAUCCUUUAUUAUGUCUUACUGCAUGGCAAAAACUAAAGUGCAGGAAAGAACCAAAGCAGAGGUUUGCCAAAUAAGUACUUUUCAAGUUUAUUUCUGAGUUUAGACGAAGGAUUACUGAGCUUGCAGAGAAAUCUGCUUAUUCUUUGACAAGUCAACACCACUGACACGUGGUUCAGGAUGACACAGCACUACAUCUGCUACAAAUGAGAAGUGGUUGCUGAUGGUUACCGUUUUACCCCCCAAGAAAACUGAAAGUAGGCGGAUGGUAUUUUGUAUGUGUGGUGGAUGUUUUUAACAGUCUGUAUUAAGCCUUUGCCUUAGCAUGGACCUUUAUUCUGAUGGGUUAGUUUUAUUAAAACAGAAACAAAGUGUAUUAAUAGACACAUUUUGUGAGCCAUGUUUUAUAAUGUAUCUUAUAGGGAAUGGUGAUUUAAAAUGUUAAAACUUUUUGAUUGUUGACCUUUUCAUUUACCAUCUGGGCUGAUUUACCAGCAAAUGCAGAGCAUAUGUGAUAAAAUAAAUAUUUCUUUAGUUGCUUCUGUGCAUCUGCCAUUUGUAUUUCCAUAAGCUCAUAAAGUGGGGUGUGUUGUUUACAGAUGUGAUUGACUCGAUCACUGCCCUGCAGCAGGACAGUGUGGAUAAUGAUUCCUGCUUUGUCAUGAAUAAAUAAACUAAUAAAUAUUAUCACUCUUUAAAAUACACCUUUUAUACUUAAGACCUUAAUUAUCUUGUGAAGAUGACUGUUGGCCAUGAAAAUGCACUGGUUUAUCAUGAAUGCUGAGUCACUGGCUGCUGUGCACAGAUGGAAACUUUGUAAAUCCCACUGCAGUGCUUACUUUUUAUUCAGAAGUAAGCAUUUAAUAAAUCGUCCUAAAACAAUCUCUACGUUACAGUAGUGUGUUUACAAUUAGGGAAAUCUUUUUUUUUUUAAAGAAAGAAAAAUCUACAAUUUUUGGAGAUACAAGGUUUUCAUCUGAAAGCAGCAGACAUCUUACAUUACCUGGCAUGUGCUGUACUACAUCGUUUUCCUCAUGUUUUUCCCCCAUUCUGUCUGCAUAUCAUUAAAAGAAAGAGAAAAAAGAGCACAAAUACAAAUAAACCCACAAUAGUGAUCCACUC